CCUCCUCCUCCUCCUUCUUCUUCUGCUCCUGCUCCGCUGCCCCCGCCGCUGCGCUCGGGCGCGGGGAGCCGGACCCUAACCGGCACCGUCGGGGAUCGAGCCCGCAGCCCGGCGCGGCUCACCCUCUGCCCCGGCCCCCGGCCCCCGGGAGAGCCAUGGCCGGCGCCCGGCCCGGGGUCCACGCGCUGCAGCUGGAGCCUCCGACCGUGCACGAGACCUUGCGACGGGGCAGCAAGUUCAUCAAGUGGGACGAGGAGGCUUCAAGUCGGAACCUGGUCACCCUCCGAGUGGACCCCAAUGGCUUCUUUCUCUACUGGACUGGACCCAACAUGGAGGUGGACACUCUGGACAUCAGCUCCAUCCGAGACACACGGACAGGACGCUAUGCCCGGCUGCCCAAGGACCCCAAGAUCCGGGAAGUCCUGGGUUUCGGAGGUCCAGAAACGAGGCCAGAGGACAAGCUGGUGACCAUAGUGGCCGGCCCUGACCCUGUAAAUACUACUUUCCUCAACUUCAUGGCUGUGCAAGAAGAUACUGCCAAGCUUUGGGCAGAUGAGCUAUUCAAGUUGGCCAUGAAUAUCCUGGCCCAGAAUGCAUCCCGAAACACCUUUCUUCGAAAAGCGUACACCAAGUUGAAACUUCAGGUGAAUCAGGAUGGGCGAAUUCCAGUCAAGAACAUCCUUAAAAUGUUCUCUGCUGACAAGAAGCGAGUGGAGACGGCGCUGGAGUCCUGUGGCCUCAAUUUUAACAGGAGCGAGUCAAUCCGGCCAGACGAGUUUUCCCUGGAGAUCUUUGAGAGAUUCCUCAAUAAACUGUGUCUCCGGCCUGACAUAGACAAGAUCCUGCUGGAGAUCGGUGCUAAGGGGAAGCCGUAUCUGACCCUGGAGCAGCUUUUGGACUUUGUCAACCAGAAGCAGCGAGACCCCCGGCUGAAUGAGGUCCUGUACCCGCCGCUUCGCCCGGCCCAGGCCCGCCUGCUCAUCGAGAAGUAUGAGCCCAACCAGCAGUUCUUGGAGCGAGACCAGAUGUCCAUGGAAGGCUUCAGCCGCUACCUGGGGGGAGAGGAGAAUAGUAUCCUGCCGCCAGAGACCCUGGACCUGAGCAAUGACAUGACUCAGCCCCUCAGCUCCUACUUCAUCAAUUCCUCACACAACACCUACCUCACAGCGGGGCAGCUGGCGGGAACCUCGUCGGUGGAGAUGUACCGGCAGGCGCUGCUCUGGGGUUGCCGUUGCGUGGAGUUGGACGUGUGGAAGGGCCGGCCACCCGAGGAGGAACCGUUCAUCACGCACGGCUUCACUAUGACCACGGAGGUGCCACUGCGCGAUGUGCUGGAGGCCAUUGCGGAGACGGCCUUCAAGACCUCUCCCUUCCCCGUCAUCCUCUCCUUCGAAAACCACGUGGACUCGGCAAAGCAGCAGGCCAAGAUGGCUGAGUAUUGCCGCACCAUCUUUGGGGACGCGCUGCUCAUAGACCCACUGGAUAAGUACCCGCUGGCCCCUGGAGUCCCCCUGCCCAGCCCUCAGGAUCUGAUGGGCCGGAUCCUCGUGAAGAAUAAGAAGCGGCACCGUCCGCCCCUGAGCCCCUCCGAUGGCUCAGUGCGCAAGCGGCCCUUGGAACAGAGUAACUCGGCCCUGAGCGAGAGUUCUGUGGUCACCGAGCCCCCUUCCCCACAGCUUGGCUCCCCCAGCUCUGAGGGCUGCUCGACUCUGAGCAAUGGAGAGGACCGCCUGGGCUGCAAUCCUGAGCCCCGGAAAUCCAUUGACCGAGAGGCUGAAAGCGAAGAAGAGGAGGAGGAAGAGCAGGCUGACCCCAAGAAGACCUCCACAGAUGAGGGCACGGCCAGCAGUGAGGUGAAUGCCACGGAGGAGAUGUCCACUCUCGUCAAUUAUGUUGAGCCCGUCAAGUUCAAGUCCUUCGAGGUGGCCCGGAAACGGAACAAGUGCUAUGAGAUGUCGUCCUUUGUGGAGACCAAGGCCCUGGAGCAACUCACCAAGAGUCCCAUGGAAUUUGUGGAAUACAACAAACAGCAGCUGAGUCGCAUCUACCCCAAAGGCACCCGCGUGGAUUCCUCCAACUACAUGCCGCAGCUCUUCUGGAACGCGGGUUGCCAGCUUGUUGCCCUCAAUUUCCAGACCCUGGACCUCCCGAUGCAGCUGAAUGCUGGUGUGUUUGAGUACAACGGGCGCAGCGGCUACCUGCUCAAGCCCGAAUUCAUGCGGCGCCAAGACAAGUCCUUCGACCCCUUCACGGAAGGCAUUGUGGACGGCAUCGUGGCCAACGCUCUCCAGGUCAAGGUGAUCUCGGGCCAGUUUUUGUCAGACAGGAAGGUCGGCAUCUACGUGGAGGUGGACCUCUUUGGCCUUCCCGCCGACACCCGGCGCAAAUACCGCACGCGGGCCUCCCAGGGCAAUUCUUUUAACCCCGUGUGGGAUGAAGAGCCCUUUGACUUCCCCAAGGUGGUGCUGCCCACACUGGCCUCCCUCCGUAUUGCGGCCUUUGAGGAAGGGGGCAAGUUUGUGGGGCACCGAAUCCUGCCAGUCUCUGCCAUCCGCUCAGGGUACCAUUACAUAUGCCUGAGGAACGAGGCCAACCAACCCCUGUGUCUGCCCGCCCUGCUCAUCUACACGGAGGCUUCUGACUAUAUCCCUGAUGAUCACCAGGACUAUGCCCAGGCUUUGAUCAACCCCAUCAAGCACGUCAGCCUCAUGGAUCAGAGGUCAAAACAGUUGGCAGCGCUGAUGGGCGAGAGCGAGGCUGCUCCCGAGACCCCAGAGGAACUGCCUUCUCGGCAGCUGGGGCCCCAGCUGUCGACAGGCUCCACACAAGGUGCCCUGGAAUCCAGAGUUUCCAGGCCCCCCAGCUCUUGUACCUCACCCACCAGCCCUUCCAUAAGCAGACCAGGUCAGUGUGAUGAGCUCAUCGCCAGCAUCCUGGGAGAGGUAUCCGUGACCCCCCUGGUGGAGCUCCGAGCCCACAAGUCCCUGGUGAAGCUUUGCAGCCGGCAGGAACGUGACCUGCGCGAACUGCAGAAGAAGCAUCAGCGAAAGGCUGCGUCACUCACGCGGCGGCUCCUCAGCCACCUGGCAGAGCUGGAAAAGAGGCACAAGAGUGGGGUGCUGGGCGAGGAAGAGGAGGAGGAGAUGAGAAAAUACCGGGAGCUACAGAAGAAACAGUUUCAGAGUCUGUUGGAUUUGAGGGAAGCUCAGGCUGAUGUAGAAGCUGAACGUCGUCAGGAACACCUGAGACAGGCCCAGCAUCGCCUACGGGAGAUUGUCCUUGAAACGCACACAGCUCAGUUGAAAAAACUGAAGGAGACCAAUGAAAAGGAGAAGAAGGAGCUUCAGAAGAUUCUGGACCGGAAAAGACAUAACAGUAUUUCGGAGGCCAAGACCCGGGAGAAACACAAGAAGGAGGUGGAGCUGACUGAGAUCAACCGGCGACAUAUCACGGAAUCUGUGAACUCCAUCCGCAGGCUGGAAGAGGCCCAGAAGCAGCGCCAGGAGCGGGUGGUGGCCGGACAGCAGCAGGUCCAGCAACAACUGGAAGAGGAAGAGCCCAAGGCUGCAUCCCAGCUGGCCCAGGAGUGUCAGGCCCAGCGGGCACGGCUGCCACAGGAGGUCGGGCAGUGCUUGCGGGUGGAUGAGGAUGACCUAGCCACCAGCAACGGGCACGCGCUGAGCAGAGCCAGCAAUGGGCACGCCCUGGGGGGCAGCACCAGCAAUGGGCAUGCCCCCAUGGGUAGAGACAGUGAGGGGCAAGAAGAGAACACACAAUUCUGAAGCCAGGAUGGGCAGGGGGCGAGAGCAGAAAGGGAAGACACUACUUAUUUUUAAAACUUUUUAUUUUUUUUAAAUUUUUUAUUUUUUUAAAUUCAGGAGGGCAAGAAACCCCCACUACCCCUCCUCCUUAAUCCUCUCCAGUCUCAUCUGGGCGUGUGUGUGUGUGUGUGUGUGUGUGUCUGUGUCUGUGUCUGUGUGUGUCUGGCUCUGGUGUGUCUGUGUCUGUGUGUUCGUUAUUUCCUGUGUUCCCCUUUAGUCCCUAGCCCCCUCCCUAGAGCUGAUAACAAGGGUGGGGCCCUCUCCUGCCUAGGGCCAAGGAUCAGCUGGGGUGGGUGGGGAGAGAAGGGAUUAAAAUUGGGGCUGCCCCGCCCCCUUCACGUGAUGCCCACACUCCGGAGGCAACAAUGCCCCUCCCCAAAUCUUCAGGAUUGGGGAUCAGGCUAGGGCAUGGGUUUGGAAGGUCCCUCUCCCCGCACACUGUGCUCCCCAGACCCAUGAGGCCUUUGUGUUUGGGGGGCCAGGAGGGUGGGGCUGGGCUGGGGCCCCUUGUCCUCCCCGGCUUUGGAGAUCAGAAGCAUCAAUUUCUGUCUCUUACCUUCUGCUUGUUUUUGGUUUU